AUGUACUGGAAUUCACGCACUGACGCUCUCCAGUUCAAGUACACGCUACCGCCAGAUACGCCUAAGACAAAGAGAGCUAUUUUGUCUGAAAUCGCUAAACUGUAUGAUCCGCUAGGACUUCUCGCACCAAUAGUCGUCAAAGCCAAGAUCUUUAUGCAAGAUCUGUGGCUAGAUAGAGUGUCAUGGGAUGAACAAUUGUCACCAUCACUCAUUCACAAAUGGACUGGAUACCGCGAGGAUCUUCGAAACAUCGAAUCCAUCCGCAUUCCACGCUGGAAUAAUAUAGCACCUGGAGCAACUAUGGAAUUGCACGGGUUCUCAGACGCUUCGCAAAACGCUAUGGCUGCCGCUGUUUAUUUGAGAGUCACUGACGCUGAUGGGAACACAAAGGUCUCACUUUUGUGUUCAAAAACGCAAGUAGCACCGCUGAAGACCAUGACAAUCCCACGCUUGGAAUUAUCUGCCGCAUGGUUGCUAACACAACUGAUACUUCAUGUUAAAGAAGUUCAGUCGCUUGAAAAUGUCAGGAUCAAUCUCUGGACUGACUCCGCCGUGACUCUCGCAUGGAUUAAAAGUCCAGCAAUCCGCUGGAAGACAUUCGUCCGCAAUAGAGUGGGAAAAAUCCAAGAAACGCUUCGAGAUGUCUCCUGGAAAUUUAUUCCAGGAAAACAAAACCCCGCUGACUGCGCUUCAAGAGGUAUACCUACGCUAAAACUGAAACAACACGCUCUCUGGUGGCAUGGACCAACUUGGCUUCAUGAACCAGAAUCCUCUUGGCCCACUCUGGAGCCUCCAAAAGACAACGCAACGCAUCGAGAAGAACGCCAAGGUCUGACACUAGUAACUUGGAAAGCAGAAAAUUGCCUGCUCCAACAAUUACUGUCGCAUUACACGCAGCUGUUUCCACUGCUACGGAAGCUUAGCAUCUGGCAUCGUGCCAUCGACCGCUUUAAAAGAGUUCCACAAUCUUCGCUGGCCUACCCGCUUACUCCAUCAGACCUGGAGCGCGCUAAAUUGACCUUGAUUAAGUUCACUCAAGGACAAUACUUCGCUAGAGAGAUUCACACGCUACAAGAUGGUGAUGGUCUGCCUAAAAAUAACAGCAUCACUAAGCUGACUCCGUUCAUCGACCAUCAGGGGGUCCUGAGAGUCGGUGGCCGCUUGAAAAACGCAUUGCUGGACCCAGAAGAGAGGCAUCCAGCGAUUCUACCGCGACAAUCACCGCUUACAUCAAUUUUGAUUGAUGAUUCGCACCGCAAAACGCUUUACGGAGGUACUCAGCUUACAGCUUCCAGUCAGAUCAUUUAUUUUACGCUGCGUUAUCUGCACGAGACACCGUGGAGAACGCGCUCAACAGUUGAUGGGUCAACUACCCGCCGCACGAGUACAGCCAACUCGAGCCUUCUUGCAUACAGGACUCGACUACGCUGGACCUAUCACGCUGAAAACGUUUCAAGGACGUGGAGCAAAAACAUACAAAGGCUGGAUUGCAGUCUUUGUAUGCAUGUUCAGUUCAGCUGUACACUUAGAGCUAGAAACUGA